AUGGAGCAUCAUCUUCUUGGCACUUCUUUGUCUUUACUACUAGUAAUGUUCUUAUUCAGUUCUAUUCUCGUCACCAGCCAUUUUCCGUUUGGCCGCAGCAAACAAGCUUAUACUCAUUCAAAUGUCUCCUGUAUCGAGAGUGAACGACAAGCUUUUCUUCAAUUCAGAAAUGGGUUGAUAGAUGAAUCGAAUCAUCUAUCAUCUUGGAUAGGAGAGGACUGCUGUUCAUGGGAAGUGUUUGACGGUGAAAUUCCCCGCCAUCUAGGAAAUCUCUCAUGUUUACGGCAUUUAGAACUUGGAGGUGUAACUCCCUCCUUAACAUGGAAUCGAUUGACAACGAAGGAUCUCGACUGGAUUGUUGGGCUUUCUUCUUUAGAAGGCCUAAUCCUGUCUGAGGUCAAUUUCACAUCUCUUUCUUCCCAUGAACUCGGUGAAAGUAAUUUCAACAACUACACGAUCCCUCCUUGGCUCCAUAAUCUUACUGGUCUCCAUAAUCUUGGUCUUAGCUCUAAUCAUCUUUCCGAUCCAAUUCAUGGCCUAUCCGAACAAAUGACCUCUCUAGUUUAUCUCGAUCUAGGGGAAAACCGCUUUGAUGCAUCAACGUUGAUGUCACUUUGCAAUGUGAGCAGUCUUAAUUAUUUGGAUCUGAGUUUUAAUGAUAUGCAAGGGUCGAUACCGAGUGAAAUAGGCCAACUUUCGAAGUUGCAAGUAUUGGAUAUUUCUUCCAACUCAUUAACUGGUGUAUUAUCUGAAGACCAUUUUGCAAAACUCGGAGAGCUAAAGUCAUUGAACCUAUCUGAAAACUUAUUCACUCUGAAUGUGAGCUCCUGGUGGGUUCCUCCUUUUCAACUCCGAGAAAUUAUGAUGUCAUCCAUCAAAGUAGGACCCCUAUUUCCAGUUUGGCUUCGAACGCAAAAGGAGGUUCAAAGUUUAGAGAUGCAGAAUGCAGGCAUUUCUGAUAGCAUACCCAACUGGUUUGGAGUGCUUUGUUAUGAAAUUUAUAUUGUAGAUUUCUCCAACAACAACCUAACUUGGAAUCCGUUGGAGUUCAAACAAAUGAAGAAGAGUCCUCCGAUGGUAAUUCUCCAAGCAUAG